UUUAGCCGGGCCAUUCACGACAGUUUUAGUUCCUAGUCGACCCUACAAAACGAAGAACCGGAGGCGGGGCAGAACGAAAGGAACUACAUUUCCCAGCAGGCCGCGGAUGCCGGGUCUCCUACCAGUCCUGGCGCGUGGAGUUAGAUUCUGUCCGGCUGUGGACACAUGGAUCUCGACGGCCGGUGGCGGAGCCUGCCGAGCGGGCCUAGCCUAAAGCACUUGACCAACCCCUCUUACGGGACUCCUCCCGAGCAGCAGAAGGCGGCGUUGCAGGACCUGACGCGGGCGCAUGUGGAUUCAUUCAACUACGCCGUGAGCGAGGGCCUUAGCCACGCGGUGCAGGCUAUACCCCCUUUUGAGUUUGCUUUCAACGAUGAGCGAGUUACUCUUACUAUUGUGGAUGCUGUCAUCAGUCCACCUUCAGUGCCAAAAGGAACCAUCUGCAAAGAGUUCAACAUAUACCCAGCAGAAUGCCGGGGCCGAAGGAGCACCUACCGCGGGAGGUUGACAGCUGAUAUCAGCUGGGCUGUGAAUGGAAUCUCAAAAGGAGUCCUUAAACAGUUUCUUGGCUAUGUUCCCAUCAUGGUAAAAUCCAAGCUUUGCAACUUAUGUACCUUUCCUCCACAAGCUCUGAUAGAACACCACGAAGAGCCAGAGGAAAUGGGAGGUUAUUUUAUAAUCAAUGGCAUUGAAAAGGUCAUCCGAAUGUUGAUUAUGCCUCGAAGAAAUUUCCCUGUUGCAAUGGUAAGACCAAAAUGGAAAAGCAGAGGCCCUGGAUAUACUCAGUUUGGAGUUUCAAUGCACUGUGUGAGGGAAGAACAUUCUGCUGUCAAUAUGAACCUCCAUUAUGUGGAAAAUGGCACUGUUAUGUUGAAUUUUAUUUACCGGAAAGAAUUAUUUUUCCUUCCCUUAGGAUUUGCACUUAAGGCACUUGUUGCCUUUUCUGAUUAUCAGAUUUUUCAAGAGCUCAUCAGAGGCAAGGAGGAUGACUCUUUCCUUAAGAACUCUGUUUCUCAGAUGCUAAGGAUUGUCAUGGAAGAGGGCUGCUCCACACAGAAACAAGUCCUUAACUAUCUAGGUGAAUGCUUCAGAGUAAAACUCAGUCUUCCUGACUGGUACCCUAAUGAACAAGCUGCAGAGUUCCUAUUUAACCAGUGCAUCUGCAUCCACUUAAAAUCCAACACUGAGAAGUUUUAUCUGCUAUGUCUCAUGACCCGGAAGCUCUUUGCUUUAGCCAGAGGAGAAUGCAUGGAGGACAACCCUGAUAGUAUAGUGAAUCAAGAAGUUCUUACCCCUGGUCAGCUUUUCCUGAUGUUUCUGAAGGAAAAAAUGGAAAAUUGGCUGGUGUCUACUAAAAUAGCUUUAGAUAAAAAGGCUCAGAAGGCCAGUGUGUCCAUAAACAGUGAAAAUUUGAUGAAGAUUUUUAGUAUGGCAACCGAUCUAACAAGACCAUUUGAAUAUCUUCUUGCUACUGGGAAUCUGCGUUCGAAAACAGGUCUUGGCUUCCUACAAGAUUCUGGACUAUGUGUUGUGGCUGACAAGCUGAACUUUACCCGUUACCUCUCCCAUUUCCGCUGUGUACACAGAGGAGCUGCUUUUGCCAAGAUGAGGACCACCACAGUACGCAAGCUGCUGCCAGAGUCAUGGGGCUUCCUUUGCCCUGUGCACACGCCGGACGGCGCUCCGUGCGGGCUGAUGAACCACCUGACUGCCAUAUGUGAGGUCGUUACACAGUUUGUGUACACAGCAUCUAUUCCAGCCUUGCUCUGCAGCUUGGGGGUCACUCCUAUUGACGGAGCACCUUGUCGACCGUACAGUGAAUGCUACCCUGUCCUGCUGGAUGGAGUCGUGGUGGGGUGGGUGGAGAAGGAACUUGCUCCUGGCAUUGCAGAUGCCCUUCGUCAUUUUAAGGUGUUCAAAGAGAAAAGAAUUCCUCCCUGGAUGGAGGUGACCCUUAUCCCCAUGACUGGAAAACCAAGUCUGUAUCCAGGAUUAUUCCUUUUUACUACUCCAUGCAGACUGGUACGGCCUGUGCAGAACUUGGAACUAGGCAAAGAAGAACUAAUUGGAACUAUGGAGCAGCUCUUCAUGAACAUUGCCAUCUUUGAGGAUGAGAUUUUUGCUGGGGUUACCACACACCAGGAGCUCUUCCCUCACAGCCUGCUGAGUGUGAUUGCCAACUUCAUCCCCUUCUCUGAUCACAACCAGAGUCCACGGAACAUGUACCAGUGCCAGAUGGGUAAGCAGACUAUGGGCUUUCCACUUCUCACUUACCAAGACCGAUCAGAUAACAAACUCUAUCGUCUUCAAACACCACAAAGUCCUUUAGUAAGACCAUACAUGUAUGACUAUUAUGACAUGGAUAACUAUCCAAUUGGGACAAAUGCCAUUGUUGCUGUAAUUUCCUACACUGGCUAUGAUAUGGAAGAUGCCAUGAUUGUGAAUAAGGCUUCUUGGGAGCGAGGCUUCGCCCAUGGAAGUGUUUACAAGUCUGAGUUCAUAGACCUAUCUGAAAAAAUUAAACAAGGAGAUGACAGUUUGGUGUUUGGAGUCAAACCUGGUGACCCACGGGUUGGGCAGCGGUUGGAUGAUGAUGGAUUACCAUUCAUAGGAGCAAAACUUCAAUAUGGGGAUCCCUAUUACAGCUACCUAAACCUCAACACUGGAGAAAGCUUUGUGGUAUUCUAUAAGAGCAAAGAAAAUUGUAUUGUGGAUAACAUCAAAGUAUGUAGUAAUGACUCUGGGAGUGGAAAAUUCAAGUGUAUUUGCAUAAUGAUGAGAGUGCCUCGGAAUCCAACCAUUGGAGAUAAGUUUGCCAGUCGCCAUGGGCAAAAGGGCAUUUUGAGCAGAUUGUGGGCAGCCGAAGACAUGCCUUUUACUGAGAGUGGGAUGGUACCAGACAUUCUGUUCAAUCCUCAUGGUUUCCCAUCCCGCAUGACCAUUGGUAUGCUAAUUGAAAGUAUGGCUGGCAAGUCUGCAGCUUUGCAUGGCCUCUGCCAUGAUGCUACGCCUUUCACCUUCUCUGAGGAGAACUCAGCCUUAGGAUUCUUCGGUGAGAUGUUAAAGGCUGCUGGCUACAACUUCUAUGGCACUGAGAGGAUGUACAGUGGCAUUAGUGGGGUAGAACUGGAAGCAGACAUUUUCAUAGGUGUGGUUUAUUACCAACGCUUACGCCACAUGGUGUCAGACAAAUUUCAGGUCAGAACAACUGGAGCCAGGGACAAAGUCACCAACCAGCCAAUUGGAGGAAGAAAUGUUCAAGGUGGAAUUCGUUUUGGGGAGAUGGAGCGAGAUGCUCUUUUGGCUCAUGGCACAUCUUUUCUCCUUCAUGACCGACUCUUCAACUGCUCUGACCGCUCUAUAGCCCAUGUGUGUGUAAAGUGUGGCAGCUUACUCUCCCCACUGUUGGAGAAACCACCUCCUUCUUGGUCUGCCAUGCGCAAUAGAAAGUACAACUGUACUGUUUGUGAUUGCAGUGACACUAUUGAUACUGUCUCCGUGCCUUACGUCUUCCGGUAUUUUGUAGCUGAACUGGCAGCAAUGAACAUCAAAGUGAAACUGGAUGUCAUGUAGCUAAUAUAGUCCUCUGAGAUUAAAACCAAAUGUGACUUUAAUUCAGUGACAAUAUUAGAGGUUACUCUUGGUUUUCUCAAGGGUAUUAAUAGAUUAAACCAAGACCUGCAACUAAUUCAUGGUUUCUGAGGCUCAGGUAUGGUAACCACCACCGAAGUUUAUUUUCGUGUAUUUGUUCAAGAAUCACAUAUGUGUAAGCUGGGCAUGGUGGAGCACACCUUUAAUCCCAGCACUUGGGAGGCAGAGGUAGGAGGAUCACCAUCAGUUCAAGUCCACCCUGAGACUACAUAGUGAAUUCCAGAUCAGCCUGAGCUAGACUGAGACCCUACCUCAAAAGGCACACUCAUACUCUCUGUCUGCUUGCAAGUAAAUAAAAUAUUUUCUUGAAAAGAUGAUGCAUUGAUAGAAGAUUGUACAGAAGAGUCUCCUUCUUGGAUCUUGGAACUUGGGUCUACCAAGUUCCCUGCUGUCCACAGGCAGAGUUUGUCGUAUCUGUUCACCUAGAGCAGAGCAGUGGGACAGAUAUAAAAUGAAAGCUUUACUUGUAAUUUUUAUUCUUACAAAAUAUGAACUAAACAAAUCAAUAGAAGUAAUUUCAACAGCUUUAUUGAAGUAGUGUUUUGCAAAAACUAUUUCAUGUAUACAGUUGAUGAAUUUGAACACUUGCAUAAUCUGUGAUGUCAUUACCAUAGUCACAGUAAAUAAACCAUUACUUCCAAAAGUUUCCUUAUAUACCUUUGGAUAAUGUGUGUAACUCAAGAUCCAUCUUUAUAAAUUCCAUGUGCUCAGCACAGUGUUGUCAACUGGAAACUACUGGGAAUACUGCACUGCAGAUCCCUGCAACUUACUUAUCUUUCAUAAAUGAAACUUGACCCAUUGAAUGACAAUGCUCCAUUUCCCUGGUCUCUGGCAACCACUAUUCUACUGUUUCCAUGAGAUUUACUCUUUGAGAUAACUCUCAUAGUGGGCUGAUGCAAAUGGCUUAUUGGACUUAGUGAAAUGUCUGUAAGAUUCAGCCAGGUUGUAGAACGUAGUAGAUUUUCUUCUUUGAGGUUGAAUAUAUCUUCUUUUAAUGUAAGCUAGCCAAAAUGUCACUUCAAUGUGUAAAGGAUAUCAAAAACUUGCUGAGUGCUAGAAAGAUGCCUGCAAAGCCAAAGGACUCAGGUUCAGUUCCCCAGGACCCACGUAAGCCAGGUGCACCAACAGGGUGCAUGUGUCUGGAGUUUGUUUGCAAUGGUGGGAGGCCCUGGUGUGCCUGUUACUCUCUCAAAAAUAAAAAAAUAAUGAAUUUUUAAAAAUUUGCUGAGAUACUUUAUAGUAAGCCUCUAAAUUUAUAAAUAUAAUAAAUUUUAUAUUCACAUUGUU